CCGAAACUGAAAAAAAACGGACAACGAAGGGAUCAAAGAUGUCGUUGAAGGAAGAAGUCGACUCCCUCGCAGAUGCCUUGGCACAGGCUUCCAUCCCUGACAAGAUCGAGGGAACGACCUCGAAGAACUUGGAGUUGUUCGAGUUUGACAAGGAGACGAAGAGCCGUAACAUCCGCGACGCUGUCGGUCCGCACGUUUCCGGCGCUUUUUACCGAGUGAAGUGGUUGAACGACACUCACGCCGUCCUCAUCUUCGAUUCCGAGGAGAUCGCUGCCAAGGCCCUCGCUUCUUACUGUGCUCUUCCCGAGUCCGAGCGCCCCCUCACCGGCGGUAUCCGCUACUACCUCGAGCCCCUCCCCGACCGUCAACCCCCUCCCGUCGACUCCCCCAUCGGUCGCCGCUAUGUCUCCCCCGCUAAGCGCAUGCCCACCAUCGCCACUACCCAGCCUGUCAUCCACAAGAACCCCUUCGCUUUCCUUGACGAGAGUGGCGAGGUUGUCGUUCCCAGCUCCCCCUCCCCCGCCUCCCCUGCCUCCCCCUCCGGAUCCCGACCCGGUACUCCUGAGGUUAGGCCACAGAAGACGGAUCAGGUCGCUAGGAGAAUGAUCGCCAAUGCGCUCGGCGUCAAGGUUGAGAGGACCCCGGAGCAGAGGGCGUAUGAUAGAACAAUCUUGGAGCAGGCUAGGAGACGGAAGGAGGAGGAUAGGAAGAAGAAGAAGCAGCCUGUUUUGGACGAGGAUGGUUGGGAGAUUGCGUAGAUGCAGUGUGCACAU